AUGCCUUCACCUGACUUUGGCGAAGAAGCCUCUGUCGCUGCUCCCUCGCCGAUAUCCGUCCAUUCCACGCCGGCUGAACUUCAAGUGGCUCAACCGCCAGAAACAAUAAUUGCCCAAGCAUCUGAAGCACCGGAUCAGACUCCAACAGUACAAACGGAAUCUCAUCAGUCUGUGGUUCAAGUCGGGCGAUGUAACAUAACGGCAGCAUCAAGGACAGCAGAAAGGCUCGAUGCGUUUGACCUCGGGACACUGGUCCAAAGUCUAGAAGAGGAAUCGCGCUCAUACCCAGACGCCCGGCUUGUGGUCACCUGUCCUCCCGCUAUCGACCUAGUUUUCGACAAGGACUCGGCAGUUACUCCCCUUCAGCCAAUACUUGGCGGCUAUUUGGCGUUUGCUGUUGCACAGGGCUACGAGAAGCCUAUGUUUCAGUUUCGUCUACCGUACCGUCAGAUUGCCCCUGAGGCGACCUCUCCCUUUGAAGAAGCCGACUGGAAGAUCAUCUAUAAUCCGACUAACAAUACCUGUACUUUGGUCCAUUCCGUGACUCUUGAGCGUGGAGAGACAAUACUCCUGACCAACAUGGACAAUCCACCUGCCAGGAUACAUGUACCCCGCGGGCAGCCUUGCGUUCUGAGUAAGGGCUUUUGGAGAGCUUCCGCAACGGUCAGCGGUAUGGAUGAUGUCUCGGAGUAUGAUGUUACUUAUAUAUUGGUACUCGAUAGAAAGUUCAACGUCCACAUCUUCCCGGGUCCGGACUUGGGAAGCCGGAAACGAGGAGUGUCCAAAACCAUCGAAGACCAAGAGAGGUCACUCAAGCGUCAAAAAAUACAUCACUCUCCACGAAUUGGCAUCGACGUACGAGCAAACCCAGAACAAUCACUUUGCAAUGCCAAUAAGUGUAAAAACACCGUUACUUCUCGACGGAUAAUGAGCAAAGCCCUUACUACGAUUCUAGACCUAGAGGACGGAUACGUCGCUUCGAUAUCAGGGUCAGUCAAAGGAGGACUAGAGCCAUACGAACUACGCCAACGUUGGAAGUGUCCGAGCGAUAAGUACGCGAGCAUGUCUAUUUCUAGGCAUUCAAGAAUGCCCGAAGAUAUUGUUGUGAAGGUAUUCCUUCACGACCACCAUGGGUCUGAUCUUCGGCGAGUUACACGAGCCUGGACGCGGGAGAAGACCACCCUACAACCGUUGGACCACCAACUCAUCUCAUCUGUUUGCAAGAACAAUAUCGUCAAGCUCAAGGGCUUUGAUGCCCGCCUAUUGGCCAUUCACUACGAGUUUCUUCCUCGAUCACUGGUACGUGGCAGUUGGUCGUCUCUUCCACCAGAUGAUGCCGAGAUAGUCUUGUUUCACAUGUCGUCCGCCCUUGCGUAUCUCGCCGCUCGGAAUAUCGUUCACAACGACGUCCAGCCAGCAAACAUUGCCUACGCCAAUAAACGCGCCGUGCUCUUCAACUUUGACCUUGCGUCUCUCUCCGGAAGCGCAGUAGAGGGUAGGUCGCCCUGGUACCUCCCACCAGAGCUCCGUAGAGGAGGGGCCUGCAGCUGCGCAGCAGAUGUCUGGUCUCUAGGCCUUACGAUGCUCUAUCUGCUUGGCAAGAUGUCUCUUCCGGGUGACGAGGAGGAAUACGGUGUUCGCAGAGGAAGAGAAUUAGGAGGCGACGCGCAAAAAGCGUUGGAUAGCAGGAUGCAAUGCAUUGCUGAGUGCCGAGCCAGAUUAGAGAAGGACGACGCCGUUGAGUCUCUUGUUUUCCAGAUGCUCGAAGAAGAUGCCGCGUCACGGAUCAAGGCAGCAGAUAUGGAACCAAUACUGGAGAGACGAAACUUGAAACGGGGACUAAAGUCAUCGUUUUCGUAUCAUGGAUAG